AGCGAUGUAUGGCCAAUCAUUGCCAAUGCGACGAGUACGAGUUUAUACGCCAUCGAUGAAGUUAUGGCAUCAACGGUACUAAAACGCUCGGCGCUGCUUUUCCAGAUGUAUUUAACGAUCGGCUUUGCUCCCUUGUCCAGGUAAGUAGGAACUUUCGACACAAGGAAGCAAUCAUGUCUUCUAUUACUCUUGAACCUGCCGGAACGGCCGUGGCAGCUAUUCCAACGAAGAGUGAGACACUACAUACGUCCCUUGCCGAAGCCAAUGACUCUGAUCAGGAGCACCACACCGAAAACCGUGCCGCCUAUGUGGCGGGCCGAGGCAGAGUCAAGCGGCGAUGGUAUCAGUGGUAUGCGGACACGGACAGUCCUACCGAGAGGAAGUUACUCGUCAAGAUGGAUAUUUUGAUUCUCACAUACGCCUUCCUUGGGUUCUGGGCGAAAUACAUUGACAACGGAAAUUUGACCAAUGCUUAUGUAUCUGGAAUGAAGGAAGACCUUGGGUUCAAUGGCAAUCAGCUCGUGCAACUCCAGACGAUCUAUACUGUCGCAUACACAGUUUUCAUGAUUCCACUUACUCUCAUGGCUGCAAAGUACCGAUUUGUUAUACCUGCUUGCGAUCUUAUGUGGGGCAUCUUCACUCUCCUACAGUAUCGCGUCACUUCAUUUGGCGAGCUGGCUGCAUACCGCUUCAUGGUGGGCGCAUUUGAGAGCGUCUACUUCACGUCAAUCCACUAUGUGCUAGGUUCAUGGUACCGCUCCGAUGAACUCGGUCGAAGGGCUGGCAUAUUCUAUCUCUCUACCGGCGUAGGGUUGAUGAGCACUGGGUUCAUGGCAAGUGGCGUGGUGCUUCAUCUCGACGGGGUGCAUGGCCUUGCCGGAUGGCGUUGGCUGUUCAUUGUGUGUUCUGUGGCCACCAUUCCCAUUGCCUUUAUUGGAUUCAUAUUCUUCCCAAGCACGCCAGACAAGACAAAAACUUGGUUCCUGACUAAAGAGGAGAAGGAGCUGGCUCGUCUGCGGAUGGCAAGAAUUGGAGGCAAGCCACCGACCGGAUUUAGUGGCUGGAAUACCAUAAGACGCUUUUUCGGUCGUUGGCAUUUCUGGGCCUUGGUUCUCUUCCAGCUCCCUUGGGGGUGGAGUAAUGCUGCCUCAUCGAAUGGAGCAUACACGCUUUGGAUCAAGAGUCUGAAACAGUACGACACCUCCGAGGUGAACCUCCUCAGCACGGUCAAUCCUGGCGUCGGGAUCUUCUUUGUCUGGUUCUAUUCAUUCCUGUCGGAUGCUUUGCAGACGCGCAUGCCGAUCAUUGUUGGGCAAUGCCUGUUUCAAUUUGUGAUGCAGUUUGCUUUUGUCAUAUCGAAGUCUCCGACCGCCUACAAAUGGGCUGCCUUGAGUACCGGAUAUGGUCAAGUCGCCGUGUCGCCACUGGUGUAUUCUUGGGCCAACGAGAUAUGUCGUGAAGAUGCCGAAGAAAGAGCAUUUGUCAUUGGCUCUAUGUUGGCGAUUUCCAAUGCAUUUAGUGCAUGGAUACCGCUAUUGGUAUGGGCGACAAAGGAAGCUCCAAGAUAUGCGAAAGGGUACAUCUUUGCCCAAGUCAAUAUCGUUCUAUUUGCACUUACUACCGUCGCAUUGUGGUGGUGGGACAGAAGGGACCAGUAAGUCACGAUUGUACUUGUCGGUGGAAGUAUGGCUGACGUUGGGGUAGACGAAGAGCGCUGGCGAAGGGGAUCUGAGCAAAGUCCGUUCGCGCACAAGAGGCACUGGGAGCCACAUGGCACAUUCGAAGGGAGAGUCAAGCUACCUAGGUAUGUAUGGCAGUGAUGGGAAACAGCACAAUGAUAAGGCCGAUGUCGACAAAGGUAGAAAUGCUUGUCGCUUUAUGACGGGCUAUAGCCUGACCUAAGCGGAGACUCGUGCUUGUAGGGUUCCAUAAGGGUAGAUCAUUUUUAUGGGAUCACUGGUUCUGAUCAUUUGCAGUGCCCGUAAUUUGCUUGGUAGCGUCCCUAUGAUGCCACGAAUGACAAGACAGUUACGCCUGGGAAUACCCAUGUCGACCUCUUUGCCUUGGUUCAGCGCCGUUCACGAGUGGCUCAGAUGACUUGGACCUGCGUCUAAGCUAACUCCAAAACGGCUUCAACGCCU